AUGUUAAUACUUUUCAUUACAUUGCUGUCAAUUCUUGGAAAAAGAAUAAAUAAGGAGGAAAUACAGAUUGAGGAACCUGUUAUUAUGAAACAUGAUGAUCAUAAUGGAUUCACAAUAAAGAUUCCUGGAGCUGGAACAGUAAAUUUGGUUCCUUCAAUAGGAACUGUGAGUUUUGCCAUUGAGGUUAUGGAUGAAAAUGCAAGUUCUGCCCUUGAGAAGGCAAAUGAGUUAGUUACUUAGGCAACUGAAUCAAUAAAGUACGACUUGUAUUCUACAAAAUACGAAAUACAAACUGGAAUCUUUUAACUUUAAAUUCGAUAUGAUUACUCUAAUGGUUAGUAGAAGUUGAUUGGAUAUACAGUUACUAAUUAGUUAUAUAUAACAACAAAGGACAUGCAAUUGAUUGGUAAAAUUAUCACAGUUGGAGUGAAUGCUGGAUUGAACAGAAUAGACGGAGUCACUUAUCAAAAUAAUGCUGAAGAAAUAUAAAAAGCAAAUGAUGAAGCCUUGAAAUUGGCAAUUGAAGAUGCCAAGAGAAAAGCACUAUAAGUAGCAACUACAUUGAAAAUGAAAUUUGUUAAAAUUUUGAAAUUCAAAUAUUUGGAUUCAUAUGGUAGUUCAGUUACUAAUGGUUAUGAACCAUAAGCAGGAGCUGUUGAGAAGGAGAGCAGAAGCACACCUACUCCAAUUUAUGCAUCAGAAAGCCAUGUGAGAGUGGACAUCGAGUUGAAAGUGAAAUUAGAAUGA